UCGUCUUCUUGACUUUUCGUUGUUUUUUAAAUGUAAGGUUGUCCAAAGAUAAAUAUUAUAAUAAGAUAUUUCCAGAAAUUAUUAAUUCAUCACAAAAUAUUUGCAAGUGUACCCACAAAGGAGAAUGGCUGAUGUUUUAUCUGAAACUGUCCCACCAGAGGAUCUAAAAAAAUUCGAGAAGAUCUACCAUGAGCAGCUGUAUAAAAACGAUGUCACUCCUAAGGCACAAUUUGAAUAUGCUUGGUGCUUGGUCAGAAGUAAAUAUCCUGCUGAUAUCCAAAAGGGCAUAAUUCUUCUAGAAGAACUCUAUAAAACCAAUGAAGAAGGUCGCCGAGAUUAUCUAUAUUAUCUUGCAAUCGGUACUGCUAGGUUGAAGGAAUAUUCUAAAGCUAUGACCUAUGUUAGAUCUUUCCUUUCAAUAGAGCCAGGAAAUCAACAAGUCAUAUCUCUAGAACAACAGAUAAAGAAGAGGAUGGAAAAAGAAGGUUUAGUUGGUAUGGCAUAUGCUGGAGGAGUAGUCUUAGCUGUUGGAGCCAUCCUUGGAGUUGGUUUAGCAAUUGCUGGAAAAAGCAAAUCAUAGUUUCACAUAUUCAUUCAUAACCUAUCAUUUAUUCAGGAUUUUAGCUACAAAAUGUAUGUAUUCCUUCAUGGAUUAGUAAUGUUUAUACCAAUUGCCUGAUGUUUUUACUAGUCAGUAAUUACCAAACAUAAUAAUUCCAUACAUAAUAUUGUUUUCAUGAAUUAUUCAUUGAACAUCAAAUGUGGGAACGGGCACAUAUAAGUUUUGAAAAAUAUAUUUGUCAGGGUUAUAGAUUAUUU